AUGCCACCAUCCCGCAUCCUAGAUUCACACAUCCACCUCUGGCCCUCAACAUCCACAACCUCUAAAGACCAUGGCUGGAUGACAGAUCCCACGCACUUCCUCGCCAAACGCCACGGAAUUUCAGACUACAAAGACGUCACCCAGACCUCUCCUGCUGGGUCCGCACUCAAGGGCUUCAUCUAUGUGGAAACAGAUCGCUACCUCCCCUCCAAAAUAUCUGAUAUCAGCUCAGGUGCAAGUAAAGAGGAGGUUGAGGAAGUGUUCAGGGAUUGGGCGAAGGCGCCACUUGAGGAGUUGAGGUUCUUGAAACGGAUUGUGGAAGGGGAAGGGAAGGAGGGCGAUGGGUUUGAGCUUGGUGAUGGGGAGUUGAUGAAGGGUGUUGUUGUGUGGGCUCCCUUCCAUCUCCCAGUUUCUAUAUUCAACGCAUACCACCAGGUUGCGGAAAAGGUUGCGGGGCCGAAGUUGUGGGAGAGGAUUGUGGGGUUCAGGUAUUUGUUGCAGGGGAAAGAGGAGGGCGAAGUGAAGAAGCUGGUUAGUAGUGAGGAUUGGAUCGAAAAUAUUGUCAGUCUGGGGAAGGGGAGAGGAGGGAAGGGGUGGGCGUUUGAUAUCGGUGUUGAUAUUCAUCGUGAUGGACCGGAUCCAUUGGGGGCUGUGGGUGAGAUGAUCCAGAGGGUGCGGGAGCGAGAGUCAACAGAUAAGAAUGGGACGCAACCCGUACGGUUUGUGUUGAAUCACCUUUGCAAACACGCCCUCACAACCGAUUCCCCAACAGACCCCACAAAAGAAUGGCUCGAGGCGCUCUCAAAACUCGGACCAGAUCAGAACAUCUUUAUGAAGCUAUCUGGUGCUUUUAAUGAGUUCGAGAACGCUACACCAUCAUCUGCCUCUGACGUUGUCGAAUCAUUAAACUCGAUCGUGUCUAAGGUUUUCGACGCAUUUGGUAAUAGAGUGAUGUUUGGAUCUGACUGGCCAGUGUGCAAUGUUGGAGGGCCAGCAGGGGAGAAGGCGAAUUGGGGUCUGUGGGUUGAGAGUGUGGAGUUGAUGUUGAGGGAGGCAAAGAUUGGGGAAGAGGACAGGGAGUCAGUCUGGGUGGGAGCAGGAAGUAGGGCGUAUGACGUUCAAUUGUGA